AUGGGGGGUAAUCUGGGCUGUCAUCGGUCCAUUCCUAAGGACCCAUCAGAUCUGUGCCAGAAGAACCGCAAGUUCAGUGCAGCGUGUAACUUCAGCAACAUCCUGGUGAGCCAAGAGAGACUGAACAUCAAUACUGCCACUGAGGAGGAGCUGAUGACCCUACCUGGGGUGACCAGACAGGUGGCUCAGAAUAUAGUGGAGUAUAGGGAAUAUAUCGGGGGCUUCAAGAAGGUGGAGGACUUGGCUCUGGUGAGUGGGGUGGGGGCUGCCAAACUAGAGCAGGUUAAGUUUGAGAUCUGUGUGAAUAGUAAAAGUGGCUCAGCCCAACACUCACCCAACUCUUUACGAAAGGACUUGGACCAUGGGUACCAUAGCCAACAUCUGUCUGCCACCAGGGUCAACAUCAAUACUGCCAGUGCUACCCAACUGAUGAACCUUAGAGGUCUAACCGAGGAGAUGGCCCAAGACAUCAUCCUCUACCGCACUCAGCAUGGCCCCUUGAAGAGCAUUGAGGACCUUCUUAAGGUGGAUUCCAUUAGCUCUUCUUUCCUGGACAAGGUCAGGCACCAGGUCUAUGUACAAAGAUCUCGGCCACCAUCCACCCAUACCAAUGGUGGCUUACAUUUCAUGGCCAAACCACAUCCAAGCCCCACCUCAUUAAGCCUACAGAGUGAGGACCUUGAUUUUCCUCCUGGAGGACCUACUCAACUCAUCUCUACCCGUCCCUCUGUAGAAGUCUUUGGAGGUGUGAGGGAGGGCAAACCUGUGCUCAGGUUGGCAACCUGGAACCUACACAACUGUAGCAUGGACAAAGCCAGCAACCCUGGGGUCAGGGAGGUGGUGUGCAUGACCAUUUUAGAGAACUGGUAA